CUCCUGGGAGCGGAAGUGCGGGGGCCGCCGGAAGUGGUCGUCGUCGCCAACCCGCAGACCCGCUGACAGACUUUGACAGCCGCCGGGGCCGCGGCCAGGGCUUGGGGGGCCAUGGAAUUGGGCGAGCUGCUCUACAACAAGUCCGAGUACAUCGAGACGGCGUCGGGGAACAAAGUUAGCCGCCAGUCAGUGCUGUGUGGAAGUCAGAACAUCGUUCUCAAUGGCAAGACCGUCGUGAUGAACGACUGCAUUAUCCGGGGGGAUCUGGCGAAUGUCAGGGUUGGACGUCACUGCGUUGUGAAAAGUCGGAGUGUCAUAAGGCCACCGUUCAAGAAAUUCAGCAAAGGUGUCGCGUUCUUCCCUUUACACAUCGGGGACCACGUUUUCAUUGAGGAGGAUUGUGUGGUCAACGCAGCUCAGAUCGGCUCUUACGUCCACGUCGGCAAGAACUGCGUGAUUGGGCGCCGGUGCGUGCUGAAAGACUGCUGCAGAAUUCUCGACAACACGGUAUUACCCCCAGAGACUGUGGUCCCCCCGUUCACCGUCUUCUCAGGCUGCCCAGGACUCUUCUCGGGCGAGCUCCCAGAAUGUACCCAGGAGCUGAUGAUCGACGUCACCAAAAGCUACUACCAGAAGUUUCUGCCCUUGACUCAGGUCUGAUGUCUCUGCCUCACACCCUGAAUUCGCUUGGGCUCUAAGAUGAACUCGGGGACAAAGCGAGCCGGUCCGCAUUGGCCGAGCUCCGUGUCGUUGACUCUUGCCUUCCUUUGUCAUCGUCGUUGGCUUUCUGAUUCUUUAGAGUUCUCAGCCCUCCCAGGCCCUGAGCUCUUCAGACUUUCAUAAUAGAACGUUGGGGUUGUCUCCAAAUGCGGUGCUUCAGGUGUCUCUUUUGACAGUCGCGUCAUACUGUGAUUUGUGGGACAAAGUCAUCUGUUCCCAGCUCUCCUUCCCUUGGUCCUGCGGGUGGCUGGGUCCUACCUGAAACAGGCCGCAGAGCAGAGCGCCCUGCCCCACGUGGCGGGCACGCCACUGCCGCGCUACCUACGUCACCCAUCCCCUCCCCACUGCCGGCACCACUCACCAGGGUCACGCUCAGCUUCCCGGCCGCUGGCAUGUUUGAUCAGUUGUCACAGUUGCUCAUAAUCUUGGAGGGAAAAAAUGUGUGUGGCUUUUUAGAGCCCAGCUUCGUUUGGCUACUGAACCUUGAAGGGAGGGGUGGUUAGUAUCUCUCCUUUCCCGAGGGACCUUAACUGUCAUUUAACCAAGGGAACUCAGAGGAGACUUUGUAGCAUUCUGUUUUGUUCUAGGCUUUUGGUGUUUACUGAAAGGGGGGCCCUUAGCACCCAGUUUUAUUUUUGCGAAGUCCUAGAUUUGAGGUGCCCAUGUGGAUGGCUGGUCUGGCAGCCUCUCCUUGCCUCAGGAAUUUGGGGUCACAGGAUGCACCUUGUCUCACUGAUUUCACUGAAGACAAAGCGUGACCUUGUUCCCGGGCCCUGAACCAACUGUUGCCCGCCCACAUCUGCUGUAACCCUCACCGUCUGGACCGGGUGUCUGCACGUGGGCCCAGUCACGUGUCCACAUGGGGGCCUCUUGGAACCAUUCUGCGGGCACGGAGCCACGAGCAGCGAGUUGCCAGGGCCACUCGUGCCGUCCUCUGGGGGACAGCAUAACCCUUCUUGGCCCGGCUCUGACCUCUUGGCUUAGGAGGAGGACUUAGAAGUGAAGGUCCGAGAAGACUGGCCUUGCUUAGGUCCGAGUCGUCGGUGAGUGGGUGGGUCGGCGCAGUCUUGAAGGCCGAGGUCGAGCAAGAGUGUCUCGACUCAAUACCCAGCUGUGGGGUUUGCAGAAUCAGCUAACGUAGUUCUCGCCACUCAGUUCAGUUUAAAACUGCUUGGUUUGUCAUUGUUUUUUAUGUUGUGCAUUAAAAGAUUGACAAGCGAAAUAA